AUGAUCAAAUUUCAUACAUUUUACGUUAAAUAUAGUUUAUAUAAAGACUCAGCCUUUAGUGUAUUUACGAAAAUCAUAAAUUAACGCUAUAGAGAACUACCUUUCAGUAGGAGUAUUGGUUAAAUUAUUCAGAUUAUGAAAAUGAAGCCAUAAGAAACUGUAAACCAAAUUGA